AUGAUUGGCAGAAACGAGACGCCAUCGAAGAAAGCCAGAUUCUGGCAAUCCUUCGUGCGGUCUCUCAAAGGAUCGGAAGAUAUCAGGGCCGAGGAAAGGUACAGGCCUACACGCCGCAGUGUGUUCCCUGAACUCACAAGCUCUUACCCCUACACCAAGUCGAUCUACGACGACCCCAUUGGUGCUGCCGAGAGGAUCACCGUCCCCGGAUACCGUUACCUGCCCGUCCACCGCGAAGUCUACGGAUACUCCCCACGCCCGAUCUACACCCACAACUACUCCCGCAAUCUCGAAGCGUACAGGCCAAUAUAUCAUGUACCGAGGCGCGUUCGACGUGGCGUUGACCCCUUCGACGCCCACAAGGCUUGGCUGGACCAUCUUGACAGGCUGGCUGCCAUCGACCGGCUGUACCCCUCUCGCUAUGGUCUCUACCUGAAGGACCGAGCAUACCCCAUCACUGACUUGAGCGCUCCCGUUUUUAAACCCUCGCAGCCCUUGAGCCUUAAAGGCAUCGAGUAUGAGCCAGACAACAAGCCGCACUGGGGAACAGCCGCUGCGUUCUAA